CUGUCGUGUUUGUUUGGAAGGGGGUUUUGUUUUGGUCGUGAAUAUAAUCCGAUUUAAAACUCUGCUCAGCCUUCCGUGUGGUUUGGUUUUUUUUUCAUCAUGGCUGAACAUCUGUCUCGGAGUGAACUAGACUACCCUUUCAAACUGCUGGAGUAUUUCAAUGGCUUCAGAGUGUCCAAGGUGAUCUUUUCAGCAUGUGAGCAGGGUGUGUUUGACUUACUUCUGCAAUCCCAGAAGUCCCUGAGUGCAGCAGAGGUAGCACAAGAACUCGGCACCAGUGUUGACGGCAUGGAGCGGCUCCUCGACGUGCUUGUGGGUGUUGAGGUCUUGGAGGUGGAGCUAACAGACGGCACAGCCUAUUACAACAAUACUGAUGUUGCUAAUCUGUAUUUGGCCAAAAAUAGCCAUAAAUCUUUAUAUAACAUGAUCAUCUACCAGUCGCAGACCAUCUACCCUCUCUGGAACAACCUAGGAGAUGCGGUCAGGGAAGGAAGGAACCAAAAUGAAAAAACCUUUGGUCUUUCAUCAGAAGACAUCUUCUCAGCUAUAUACAGGUCAGAGGAUGAGAUGUUAAAGUUUAUGGGUUUGAUGAACUCAUCAUGGGUCAUCGAUGGUCCUGACAUAGCUACUGCCUUUGACCUGUCCAGAUUUAAGUCCAUUGUAGAUGUUGGAGGCUGUUCAGGUGCCUUGGCUCGUGAGAUGGCUAAAGUGUACCCUGCUUCCACACUGACGGUCCUGGACUUACUGAAAGUCACCCAAAUGGCCCAAAAACACUUUUGUCAAAGUGAUGACACCAUCAGGUUUCAGGCAGGGGACUUUUUUAAUGAAGACCUCCCUACUGCUGAUCUGUACAUCCUAGCACGGAUCAUUCAUGACUGGAAGGAGGAGAAAAGUCUGAUGCUGCUGAAGAAGAUACACACAGCCUGUAAUUCAGGUGGAGGUGUUCUUGUGGUAGAGGCUAUGCUGUUUGAGAACCACAGAGGCCCCAUCAUGGCUCAGCUCUUCUCCCUGAACAUGCUGGUUCAGACGGAGGGGAAGGAGCAUCCGCCCUCUCACUACACACACAUGCUCACGACAGCUGGCUUCACCAACGUACAGGUGUGCAGGACAGGCAAAUCCUAUGACGCCAUCCUCGCUCUUAAAUAACCACACACACGCUGUAUCAAUGCAGUAUAAUGUUUCUGUUUCUGGAAGCCUUUUCAAAUUCCUCUCCAUUCUUUUCAAAUUGCAAAUCAUGCACAAUCCUGUCAUUUUUUUUUUUUAACCUUUUUACUAAGGGUAAAUAUGUAGUUAGUAGUUUUUUUGGACAUAAAAACAGUGAGAACCUUUUAUUCUACAUCACAUGAAGAAUUAAUGGUGUAUUUAGGUUUAUUUUAUCUAAUGAUAAAAAACUGUGACAAGGAUGGACUCAAGGACAGAUGAAGGCGUUUUCCAAAAAUGGGUAUUACGUAGAGAGACAGGCCUUGAAUAAAUUUUGAGUGACUUCCAAACUGUUCAUGGUAAUCACACACACACACACAAUACAGAUUCAGUGGAUAAAACUGAAGAAAUUAAACACUGAAAUACACUUAUAUUAAUUUUUACCUUUCAACCCUGAGGUCCUACAAGCAAAUACAAUCAGUGUUAUUGUAGUGACUAGAACAUACACACAGAUAUACCAUAACAUUAAAAAUACCCAUGUAAUAUUCUGUUAAAUUAUGGACUCCACAAGACGUCUGAAGGCAAGCUGUGGAAUUGUGUGUCCCUUUCCUUAAAUUGGUGAGCCUUGGAUGCCCAUGAAACUGGAACAACCCCACCAGUCCUGCAGUUUUGUAGAUGCUCUGAACCAGUCGUCUAGACAUAACAACUUAGUCACCCAGAUGUUUAUUUUUCCUGCCUUCAACACAUCCACUUUAACAACUAACUGAUUUCUUGCUGCCUAAUAUAUCCCACCCCUUUUCAGGUGCCACUGUAAUCAAUAAAGAUGUGGAUCAUAGAGAUUUUGAUGUUAUGGCUGGUCAGUGUUUCUGUACAUAUUUUCCAUACAGGCAGUUUAUUAUUAUUUUUUUAUUUCCCUCAGUAUUUCCUCUGAUUACCUCAUGUAACUGCUCUUUGGAUCCUGACUGUGAAAAAGUUUGAUGUUUAUACUAUUUCACGUUAUUUUUUUCUAUUAAAAUGUGCUGAUUGGUGAGAACAUGUUAAGCAAUAAUUACUCCUUUAAUACAUUUCUGUUGUGUGUGAAGUAAAAAAAUUCAGUGUGAGCGUUUGCACUGUGCAGAAAUACAGUACUUGUGAAUUACUAAUAUACAUCUUUAAUGUCAAACAGUAUUUGUGUGAUAUUUGUCCCACACAUUUGAUCAAUUCCUAAUAAAAUAACACCAUGAGAAGAAAAUAA